AUGCAAAGCUACUUGGGAACCGCUCUCGUCGGAGGAAGCCAGGGCACGUUGAACGACGGCCUGCUCUUCCUGAACGGCGCCGGAAACCUGGUGUUGAACGACAGCGGGAAGAACACGCUCAACGCCUCCAACCCUGUCAAGAAGAUCGACCUCGCCCACGGCUGGGUGGUGGACGGGAUUACCGUCACGUACAGACUCGCCAACGGCGGCACGUCCGUGGUGACGAACGGAACCGUCCUCAGCACCCCUAUCAGCUCCGUGACUCUCGGAGACACCGAAGUGUUGGUGGGCGUGUUUGGCCGCGCGGGGAUGCACUCGUACUACAACCGCGAGCUGGUGAUCAGCAUCGGGUUCGUCAUCUUCGACACCGCCAAGAUCACGACGCGCACCGCGGGGCCGUUCGGGAACGGGGACGGAAGCAACCAAGGAAAGGCGUUCUACACCCCCGACGUGCUCGCAUUUGGCAGCUUCACGACCACGAACGGAACGAGCGCCGCAAUGGGUCUUUCUGGACUCAUGGUGUACAGGAAGCCGGUGUGCUAG